CUGCGCGAGGCUCGGCUGCGGUGUGUGUCUGAGAGAGGGUGAGCCGGGGUACAGCCAGGUGCGCGACGGGGACCGGACUGGGGGCGACGCUGGGCCAGGCAUUGGGCGGGCGGCGAGGGGCGGCGCGGAGGCCCGGGCGGAGUUCACUGCGCGGGACACUUCGAGCCCUGGAGCAACAGGAAAGCCAGAAAUGGACCUUGUGAGAUUCACCCGGCUCUUCUCCGGGGCCCGCCCCAUAGGACUGUCCCUCUUGCAACAACUAGACCCUCUCAGAGCCAUGUGGGCAGGAGGCAGGGAGGGGCCUGCGUGGCUGACUCAGCUGGUGUCAGUGGCCUUCAGCAGCUCCCUCUCUCAGCGGCCCCUCGGCCAGAAGAGCCAGAACAUGAGGAGCCUUAGCUCUGACCCGAGCCAGCCCAGCCCCACAGCCACUCAGGAGGAAGAGGAGGAGGAGAGCUUUGGGACUCUAUCCGACAAAUACUCCUCCAGGAGACUGUUCCACAAAUCGACAGCCCAGCUCCAUAACCUUCGGCUCAGGGAACAGAGUGUUGAGGAAGAUGAGGAAAAUGAACCAGAGCCAAGAUCACGGGGCCCAAAAAACACCCCGUACUGGUACUUCCUUCAAUGCAAACGCCUGAUCAAAGAAGGAAAGCUGGCUGAGGCCCUAGACCUGUUUGAGAGGCAGAUGCUGAAGGAGGAGCGACUGCAGCCACUCGAGAGCAACUACACGGUGCUGAUUGGGGGCUGCGGGCGGGCCGGCUACCUGAAGAAGGCCUUCAUGCUCUACAACGAUAUGAAAAAGCGGGACUUAGAGCCUUCGGACGCCACGUACACGGCCCUGUUCAACGUCUGUGCUGAGUCCCCCUGGAAGGACUCCGCUCUGCAGAGUGCCCUGAAGCUCCGGCAGCAGCUCCAGGCCAGAAACUUCCAGUUCAACUUGAAAACCUACCACGCCUUGCUGAAGAUGGCGGCCAAGUGCGCAGACCUCAGGAUGUGCCUCGAUGUGUUCAAGGAAAUCGUCCACAAAGGGCACGCGGUCACAGAGGAGACCUUCAAUUUCCUGCUCAUGGGCUGCAUCCAGGACAAAAAGACAGGCUUCCGACACGCCCUACAGGUCUGGAGGCAAAUGCUGAGUCUGGGGCUCAAGCCCAGCCCGCACAGCUAUAACCUGCUGUUGGUGGCAGCUCGGGACUGUGGCCUGGGGAACCCCGAGGUGGCCGCGGAGCUGCUCCUGAGGCCCAGGGAGGAUGCAGCCCUGCUUCAGCCCCCAGCAGGCAGGCGGCGGGGAAGGAGGAGAGCCCAAGCUGCUGCAGGUGAUAGCGUGUCGGCCAGGCUACAUGUGGAGGUCCUGGAGAGGCAGCUGUUUCUGGAAACUUCUAAGGCACUUGAGGGGCCUCCAGAGCCUCAGGAGGCCAGAGUACCCAGCAAGGCCCAGGUGGAAACUGAGGCAGAGCCUGACCACACAGUGGCCCUCACCCCAGUGGCCCUGAAGCCACCUCCCUUGGAGCUGGAGGCCAACCUCCUGACCCCUGGGGCUGUCCCCCCAGCAGUGGUCUCCUUUGGGGCGGUCAGCACCCCAGCUGACAAGCUGGCCCUGAUGGGGGGCCUAGAGGGCUUCCUGGGCAAGAUGGCGGAGCACGGGCUCCAGCCCGACAUCAGGACACUCACACUGCUGGCCGAGGUGGUGGAGCCGGGGAGCCCCGCGGAGACCUCGCUGCUGACCCUCCUGGACACGCACCAGGUGGAAGCUGAUGUGACUUUCUUCAACAUGCUGAUCAGGAAGAAGAGCAAGCUGGGAGACCUGCAGGGGGCGAAGGCGCUGUUGCCAGUCCUGGCAAAGAGGGGCAUCGUCCCCAACCUGCAGACGUUCUGCAACCUGGCCAUCGGGUGCUGCAGGCCAGGGGACGGGAUACAGCUGCUUGCAGACAUGAAGAAGUGCCAGGUGACCCCCAACACCCACAUCUACAGCGCCCUCAUUAACGCAGCGGUCAAGAAGCUGGACUACGCCUAUCUCAUCGACAUCCUGAAGAACAUGAGGAGGAACAGAGUCCCGGUGAAUGAGGUGGUCAUCCGCCAGCUGGAGUUUGCAGCCGAGUACCCUCCCACCUUCGACAGGUACAAAGGGAAGAACACCUACCUGGAGAAGAUUGACGGCUUCCGAGCCUAUUAUAAGCAAUGGCUGAAAGUGAUGUCAGCAGAGGAAACCCCCCACCCCUGGCAGAAGUUCCGGACGAAGCCCAAGGGGGACCAAGACGUCAGGGAGGCUGAUGUGGAUGGAGGCCCUGAAGGCAGGUGAUGGGGAGCAUGGUUGGAACAAAGUGUCCAGCCUCACAGCACUUUGUGGGAGCCCCAGGAGUCCCUUCUCUAUUAAAGACAAGUGAAAAUGCU